UCAUGGCCGCCCUCAGACCCCUUGUGAAGCCCAAGAUCAUCAAAAAGAGAACCAAGUUCAUCCGGCUCCAGUCUGACUGAUAUGUCAAAAUUAAGUGUAACUGGUGGAAACCCAGAGGUAUUGACGACAGGGUUCAUAGAAGGUUCAAGGGCCAGAUCUUGAUGCCCAACAUUAGUUAUGGGAGCAACAAAAAAACAAAGCACAUGCUGCCCAGUGGCUUCCAGAAGUUCCUGGUCCACAACGUCAAGGAGCUUGAAGUGCUGCUGAUGUGCAACAAAACUUACUGUGCUGAGAUUGCUUACAAUGUUUCCUCCAAGAACUGCAAAGCCAUCAUGGAAAGAGCCACCCAGCUGGCCAUCAGAGUCACCAACCCCAAUGCCAGGCUGCACAGCGAAGAAAAUGAGUAG